AUGCCCGUGCCUAAACUCGAACGCGCGACUAUCCGAGUUCCAGCGACAAGCGCCAACCUUGGCCCCGGGUUCGACUGCAUCGGAUUGGCUGUGGACCUUUGGAACGAGACGAACGUCACCGUUGACGAACCCUCGAUCACGCUCUCCGGCGAAGGUGCGGAUUCACUGCCGCGCGACGGCACCAAUCUAGUUGCAUCGAGCGCGCAUCGAACUUUCCUAGAGCUUGGAGUCAAUCCGAUACCUUUGGCAUUUGAAUGCCACAACAACAUUCCCUUGGCCCGCGGUUUGGGUUCAUCAUCAGCGGCCACCAUAACUGGCAUCACCGCCGCAUUCGCAUUCGCCGGGUUUGACAUCGCGGAACCUGAAACCCGACGACGAAUAUUCGUGAUCGCCGCAGAUAUCGAAGGCCACCCAGACAAUGUCUCGCCGGCGGUCUAUGGAGGAUGCCAAAUUGGCGUCAAUGUUGAUGCCGGUUCCCCAGACUGCAGUUGGAUUGUCAGCCGUGUCGAAAUCUCAGACGAAAUGAAAGCCGUGGUGUUCGUGCCUGAUUUCACGAUGGCGACCAAGGAAGCCCGCGGGAUCUUACCCGACGUGGUACCGCGCUCGGACGCCAUUUUCAACGUUGGUCGCGCCGCGAUGCUGGUACAUGCACUUGAAACGCGCCAGUGGUCACUUUUACGACACGCGACCGAUGACCGACUGCAUCAACCUCAACGGAUCGAAAAACUGUUUCCAAGAUUCCGCCCCAUCGCGCGUGGCGCACUCGAUGCCGGCGCCCACGGAGUAUUUCUCUCUGGCGCCGGACCUACCGUGAUGGCACUAGCGACCGACCGUUUCAUGACGAUCUGCUACGAAAUGUCAGAAAACGCGAGGAAAGCCCAGAUCGUUGGAAAGGCAUUGAUUCUCGACAUCUCACAACACGGGAUGCAGAUUGAAACCGAAUUCGAACGUAGCAAUUAA